CGAUGACCGUGAAGUAGGAAUAAAAUGACACCAUUAGUCUCCGUCGUCUACAAAGUAUCUGACGCAGGCAUAGCCGGGACAAAGAAGCAUGUAAAUACAGGAUCGCCGAACCGGGGUCUUGACGACUAUGCUGAAUAUGCAUUCAUUGUCCGUGAACGUGUUGACAGGAAUUCCAAUGCGGUAAUGACGUACGUGGACAUCAAAUCAGAAGGCCUGCGCGAGAUCCUGCGUGCGGUGCUGCAGGAUGUCAAAGCUAUUAGCCUGAUGGAGGACAAGCCAUCGGUUUCAUUUCCUCCCAGAGCUCGACAGAUGUGCGGAGAACAUGGAUAA